AUGGGUAAAGUCGAAGAACUCCCCGACGACUACGACGAGUCGCAAGAUCAGCAAGCUCAACCACCUCAAGCACCGAAACCGACACUCCCAGAGGGACCUGGCAUCCCUUCUUCUUUCCUUGCCAGCCAUGCCCCUUUUCCGAUACAAAAAGACAAAAUAAAAAAUGACGACCCAAUGGCACCCGAAUUACCGCCUGCGAUGGCCUCAAUUCGAUCGUAUACGCCGGAAGAGUUGGCUGAUAUGAUGAAGAAGACGCCGUUAUUUAUGACCGAUUUGGAGAAUGCUGGCGAUGAGGAAGGAGAAAACGUCAUGCUCGACGCUCUUCGUGCCCUUCAAUACGAAGGUACCCGCGCUGAAGUCGCUCUCAGCUUCCGUGAACAAGGCAACGAAUCCGCAAAACUCAAACAAUGGAUCGACGCGAAGGAGUUUUAUACAAAAGGAAUAGCUGUGCUGAAUGUCAAAAAAGAAGAUGAUAAGUGGGAAAAGCCAACCGAUUUCGAAAAGGAGGAGCAGAUGCAAAGGGAGGCAAGAGAAGCGUGCUAUGCGAAUAGGGCGCUGUGUAACUUGGAACUGAAAAACUAUAGGUCGACAACGUUAGAUUGUGCACAGGCGCUCAAGGUGAACCCAAACAAUGUUAAAGCAUAUUAUCGUUCGUCCAUGGCGUUGCUGGCGCUCGACAAAAUAUCUGAAGCCGAGGACACAGCUGUUCGUGGUCUCGCGAUUGAUCCGUCAAACAAAUCUCUCCAGCAGGUAUCAGAGAAGAUCGCUGCACGGAAAAAACUGCUGGAAGGAAUAGCAGCCCGAAAACGUGCCGAUCAAGAACGCAAACGCAAAGAAGUUCAGCUUUUGAACACUGCACUACAAGCUCGACAGAUCCGAGUGCGGAAAACUGAUCAGUCUCCAGAUAUGGAAGACGCCAAGGUGCAUUUAACCCCGGACCCUCUCUCACCAGAAAGUACCCUGGCGUUCCCAACCAUGAUCUUGUACCCAAUGGACGCACAAACCGAUUUUAUCAAGGCCUUCUCGGAAAUGGACUCUAUUAUUGACCAUCUCUCGUAUUUAUUCCCCUUGCCAUGGGAUUCCAAGGGUGAUUAUCGUCCUGAUAGCGUUGAUUGCUACAUGGAAACGACAACUGAUGGAUUGAUCAAAGCCGGUAAAAAGCUACCUCUUUUACAAAUCUUGUCGGGCGGGAAGGUGGAGGUAGUUGAUGACCUGGUCAAAGUCAUAGUUGUGCCAGCUACCAAGUCACAGAAGUUUAUUCAGGAGUUCAAAGCAAAGAAGAAGAAGUGA